AUGUUUUUAACAACAGUGUUACUCCGCAAGAGAAUCCCUGGAAAACAAUGGAUUGGAAAGUACAGGCGACCAAGACCAGUUACCCUUGCAAUGAAGCAAGCAAUGAUCCGAAGGCUGGAGAUCGAAGCAGAGAAUGAAUAUUGGCUGAGUCGACCUUACCUGACAAAGGAGCAGGAAUACAAACAUAACACAGAAGAGAGACGUGCAAGAUUUGAAGCUUUCAAAAUCCGGAUGAAAGCCAAGUUCCCCGAGCACAGAUAUAUUAGUGAUCAUUUAAACCACUUAAAUGUGUCAAGAAAGUGGACGUUUUGA